CCCAGCCGUACUGUGCUACGUUCUGCGUCAAUGGCCGAGAAGGAAUCGGCGGAGCUCCCGGGCAGUUUCCAGGGAGAGGCUCUCCAGGCUCCCGCCCCGGAGGUCUUGGGGGUCCCUGCGGUGCCCCCGGCCCCCAAUGCAGCCGGCAGCAGCAGAAAAACACCCUGGAAGAUUCCUCCACUGUCUCCUCCGUGUGAUGAAGGGACAAGAGCCGCCAUGCAGCCAACUGGGGAUGGGGUAUCCUUUGAGGAGGUGGCUGUGUAUUUCACCCAGGAGGAGUGGACUCUGCUGCGCCCUGCCCAAAGAGCUCUGUACAAGGAAGUCAUGCUGGAGAAUUUUAGGAACGUGGUCUCUGUGGGACCUCAGGUUGCCAAACCAGAUCUCAUAUCCUGGCUGGAAGAAGAGGAAGAACUGUUUCUUGUGGGCUGUGAGGAAGAGCCGGGACUGGCAGGAGGAGCUCUAUGGAAGUCAGAGAAUGAAGCAAAAGAACUCCCAGGGAUGGAGAGAGAAUAUACAUCUUCAAAUGUGAAGAAUAAUUUUGAAUAUUUGGAUGUACCAUGGACGGAGGAGGGAAAACAGCCACAGGGUGGUAACUAUCAGGAAAACAAGAAGAAAGAGAUCACUGCUAGCAGGGAAACUCAGAAAUCAAUUAUUAAUGUGCAACAGAACACCUCUAACAGAAAGAAAUUAUAUCAGUGUGUGGAGUGUAAAAAAGUGUUUGAGAGAAAAGACAACCUAGUUUCCCAUCAAAGAAUUCAUACAGGAGAGAAACCAUAUAAAUGUUUGGUGUGCAAGAAAAGCUUCCGUUACUUUUCAAACCUUAGCGUCCAUAAAAGAGUUCACACUGGGGAAAAAAUGUAUAAAUGCCUGGAAUGUGGAAAAACCUUUCGUAAUAGUGGGAACCUUGUUUCCCAUCAAAAAAUUCACACUGGGGAGAAGCCAUAUAAAUGUCUGGAGUGUGGGAAAAGUUUUAAUCGGGGUGACAAGCUCACUUUGCACUAUAGAAUUCACAGAGGGGAGAAGCCCUAUAAAUGUCUGGAGUGUGGGAAAACCUUCAGAUGGAGUAGUCAGCUUAUUUCUCACCAAAGAAUUCACACAGGGGAGCAACCAUAUCAAUGCCUGGAGUGUGAGAAAAGUUUUCAUGCCCGAGGAGGACUAAUAUAUCAUCAACAAACACAUUUGGGGGAAAAAAAAUAUAAAUGCAUGGAGUGUGGGAAAAGUCUCAGUGAUCGUGGAAGGCUUACUGUUCAUCAAAGGAUUCAUACAGGGGAGAAACCAUAUAAAUGCCUGGAGUGUGGGAAAAGCUACCGUGAGGGUAGAGACCUUACUUGUCAUCAAAGGAUUCAUACAGGGGAGAAACCAUAUAAAUGUCUGGAGUGUGGGAAAAGCUUCCGUGAUCGUAGGCAUCUUAAUCACCAUCAAAAAAUUCACGCAGGGGUCGAAUCAUGUAAGUGCCUGCAGUGUGGGAAGAACUUCAGUAAUAGUGGAAGCCUUGCUUCUCAUCAAAGAAGUCACUCAGGGGAGGAACCAUAUAAAUGCUUAGAGUGCGGGAAAAGUUUCACUCGGAGCUCCAGCCUUACUUACCAUCAAAUGAUUCACACAGGUGAGAAACCAUAUAAAUGCCUGGAGUGUGGGAAAAGCUUCAGGUGGAGUAGCCAGUUUAAAUCCCAUCAAAGAAUUCAUACAGGAGAGGAACCACAUAAAUGCUUGCAGUGUGGAAAAAGUUUCCAUGUCAGAGGAGAACUAAUUUCCCACCAAAGAAUUCACACAGGGGAGAAACCAUAUAAAUGCCUGGAGUGCGGGAAAAGCUUCAGACAAAAGAACCAUCUCACUUGCCAUCAAAGAAUUCACACAGGAGAGGAACGAUAUAAAUGCUUGGAGUGUGAGAAAAGCUUCAGAUGGAAGAGUCAGCUUACUUCCCACCAAAGUAUUCACACUGGGGAGAAACCAUAUAAAUGCCUUGAGUGUGGGAAAAGUUUCCGUGUCCGAGGAGAACUAACUUCACAUCAAAGAACACACACAGGGGAAAAACCAUAUAAGUGCUUGGAGUGUAGUAAAAGCUUCCGUAUCAGAAAAACACUAAUUUCCCAUCAAAGAAUUCACAUAGGGGAGAAACCGUAUGGGGAGGAGAUGCUCCCCGGGGGCGAUAGAGAGGGAGACAGCCCCCGUCCUAGAGAGGCAAAUGGGUGCCCCCGGCCCCCAAUGCAGCUGAGAUGGCUCCCAGGCCGGGUCAUCAGAGGCACCAGAAAGGGCCUCUCAGAAAGGCAGUGUGGGAGGGAAACGCCCCAGAAGGCACUGGGGCGCCAGAGACCCCCACCGCCGCCUCUGCCCACGCUCCACUGGGGUCAGUCCCCAAACAGCUGCCGGGAUCGCUCGCCAGUUGGCCCGGCCCUGCCGGUCCAGGAAGUCCUCUCUAGCUGGGCAUCCAGCUCAGCUCGGCGGAGGUUAAACUUGCAGCUUGCGAGCGGUUGUGCAACAGGAAAAACGCAUCUCGUUGCAGGGCAGAGUAGAGCAGCAGCCGAGCUGGUGAUGCUGAAAACUUUGCAAAGGGAGGCCGAGGAGGGGAGGAGCCGCCACCGCUGCUUGUGGAUGGUGGAGGUUACUAGAGCAUAUAACACCAGGGACCUGCAUCCAAAAACAGUCAGAGCUGGCAAAUCAGACAGAACUGCUGAAAGGGUCUCCUGGCCACCCGCACCACCUGAGCUUCAAGGAGCAGUGAUGAAUUCAGGAUCGCCCCCAGGCAUCCCAAUUUCAUCUGCAUCGAGUAUUAAUUUCAAGAAAGGCAGCAGCAGAAAAACACCCUGGAAGAUUCCUCCACUGUCUCCUCCGUGUGAUGAAGGGACAAGAGCCGCCAUGCAGCCAACUGGGGAUGGGGUGUCCUUUGAGGAGGUGGCUGUCUAUUUCACCCAGGAGGAGUGGACUCUGCUGCGCCGUGCCCAAAGAGCUCUCUACAAGGACGUCAUGCUGGAGAAUUUUAGGAACGUAGCCUCUCUGGAACCUCAGGUUGCCAAAACAGAUUUUAUAUCCUGCCUGGAAGUGGAGGAAGAAAUGUUUCUCAUGGGUUGUGAUGAAGAGCCGGGACUGGCAGGAGGAGCUCUGUGGAAGUCAGUGAAUGAAGUAAAAGAACUCCCAGGGAUGGAGAGAGAAUAUACAUCUUCAAAUGUGAAGAAGAAUUUUGAAUAUUUGGAUGUACCAUGGACGGAGGAGGGAAAACAGCCACCUGAAGGGUGGAAUAAUUCCAGUCUUUUACAGGGUGGUAACUCUGUACUGCAGAAAAUCUACCAGGGAAACAAGAAGAAAGAGAGCACUGCGUGCAGGGAAAUUCAGAAAUCAAUGAUUAAUAUGAAAAGGAACACCUCUAAGAGAAAGAAAUUAUAUCAGUGUGUGGAGUGUAAAAAAGUGUUUGAGAGAAAAGACAGCCUAAUUUCCCAUCAAGGAACUCAUACAGGAGAGAAACCAUAUAAAUGUUUGGUGUGCAGGAAAAGCUUCCGUUACGUUUCAAACCUUAGCGUCCAUAAAAGAAUUCACACUGGGGAAAAAACAUAUAAAUGCCUGGAGUGUGGAAAAAGCUUUCGUAAUAGUGGGAACCUUGUUUCCCAUCAAAGAAUUCACACCGGGGAGAAACCAUAUAAAUGUCUGGAGUGUGGGAAAAGCUUUCAUCGGAGUGAUAGCCUCACAGUGCACCACAGAGUUCACAGAGGGGAGAAACCCCACAAAUGCCUGGAGUGUGGGAAAAGCUUCAAAUUGAGUGAAGGGCUUAUUUCUCACCGAAGAAUUCACACAGGGGAACAGCCAUAUCAGUGCCUGGAGUGUGGGAAAAGUUUUCAUGCCAGAGGAUCACUAAUAUACCAUCAACAAACUCAUAUGGGGAAAAAACCAUAUAAAUGCAUGGAGUGUGGGAAAAGUCUCAGUGAUCAUGGAAGGCUUACUGUUCAUCAAAGGAUUCAUACAGGAGAGAAACCAUAUAAAUGCCUGGAGUGUGGAAAAAGCUUCCGUGAGGGUAGAGACCUUACUUGUCAUCAAAGGAUUCAUACAGGGGAGAAACCAUAUAAAUGCCUGGAGUGUGGGAAAAGCUUCCGUGAUAGUAGGUAUUUUAAUAAGCAUCAAAAAAUUCACGCAGGGGAGGAAUCAUGUAAGUGCCUGCAGUGUGGGAAAAGCUUCAGUAAUAGUGGAAGCCUUGCUUCUCAUCAAAGAAGUCACUCAGGGGAGGAACCAUUUAAAUGCUUGGAGUGUGGGAAGAGUUUCAGUUGUAGGCGCAACCUUACUUACCAUCAAAUGAUUCACACAGGGGAGAAACCAUAUAAAUGCCACUGGAGUAAGUGGAAAAGCUUCCAGGUGGAGGCCAGUUUAAAAUCCCAUCAAAGAAUUCACACAGGAGAGGAACCACACAAAUGCUUGCAGUGUGGAAAAAGUUUCCAUGUCAGAGGAGAACUAAUUUCCCACCAAAGAAUUCACACAGGGGAGAAACCAUAUAAAUGCCUGGAGUGCGGGAAAAGCUUCAGACAAAAGAACCAUCUCACUCGCCAUCAAAGAAUUCACAAAGGAAAACCAUAUAAAUGCCUGGAGUGUGGGAAAAGCUUCAAGUGGCAUAAGCAGCGUGUUUCCCACCAAAGAAUUCACUCAGGGGAAGAACCGUAGAAAUUCCUGGAAUGUGGGAAAACGUCUCUGACAGAGGAGCACUAAUUUACUAUCAAAGAACUCCUAAAAGGGAGAAACUACAAAUGCCUGGAAUGUGGAAAAAGCUGCAGCAGAGUGGAAAGCUUACUUCCCUAAACUGGAGUUACCAUUUUCUUUUGUGGAAUGUGGAAAAAAUGCCAGUUAGCAUGACAGUCUUUUUCCCAAUCAAAGAAUUCACAUGGGAGAAACCAUAGAAGCAUUUGGUGUGUGAAAAGACAUUUAAUCAGAUGAACUGGCUUACAUUAUUAGCAAGUAAUUCAAUAGCUGUAAAAUAUGUAUUUCAGUAUAAUUUCAUAAAAUGUUUUUAGAGAAUAAUAGGCAAAAUCUUAGACCAGGGGUGUUCAAGCUUUUGGGCUUGUGGGUACAUUUGGAAUUCUGACACAGCAUGGGCUGAUACCACCACAAAAUGACUGCUGAAAAUAUUAAAUACUUAGGAAUUGUAUUAGAAAAGAAGAAUAGUAAUUUAUGCCCCCAAAAACCCCCUGAAAGGAUCUGGAAAGAAAUUAAACAUGAUUUAGGCAAUUGGCAGAAGCUUACAGUUUCGUUGUUGGGUAGAAUAGCCAUAGUUAAAAUUAAUGUCCUCCCAUGAGAGCCUUGGCUACUGCAAGAUGUAAUGUGCUGCCAUCAGCUCUGCUGGAGGGAAGAUUUAAGAAUAUGGAACGUUCUAAAAGAGUUUGUUCAUGUGGU